AUGGAAUCUUUGGCAACAACCAUUCGUUUCGUGACGCUGAACUGCCGAACAUUAUCGAGUGAACUUCAACAAGCCGCUCUAUCCAGACUUCUGCGAUAUCUCUCAUCGAAAAUUACACCAUAUACUGCUGGCGAUGAGAACAAAGUAGGUGGCUGUGCGAUAGCUGUGAGGAACGAUUACAAGAACCUGGUGGAGGAAUUUGGCUCAACGUCGUCUAGAUGCGCCUUUUUACGACUGCGGGACCGCGGAGGACGUAAACUCUGGAUCGUAAGUGCUCACGCACCUACAGAAACCGCUGAGGACAACAGUAAGGACGCCUUCUAUGAUGAACUCAAUGCGUUGAUGUCUAAAAUACCAGGCCAGCAGGUGGUCAUUGUCGGAAUCGACGCAAAUGUGAAGAUGGGACUCGAACAGCAAUCCGAUGUGCUAGGAAAAUGGUACUAUGCAGCGGAGCGCACGUCGGACAACGGUGACCGUCUGGUCGACUUGUGCGAACAGACGGGCCUCAUCAUCGCUUCCACGUUUAAGAGGAAUCAUCGACGCCAUCAGCUCACGUGGCAGGGGUCAACCCUUUCAACGCCUGAAGAGCAGCGCAAGCGGAAGAUGAGGACUUAUAAACUUCAGCUCGACUACGUUUUGGCGAGGAACAUUCCUCAGUCAGAUAUCCGGAAAUCUAGAGCUGUUUGGGACGUCGCGUUCGACUCUGACCACCGUCCAGUUCUUCUCAGCUUCAAGAUACGAACAAAAUUCCGCCAACGUGUGUCUAUUCAUGCUGGAGUACGGACCAGGAAGAAGCUUAGCGAUGCAGAUUCCUUCGCAGAGUGCAUCCAGGACGCUGCAAGGGAAACUCUCCCGUUUCUAUUGCCGCGAAAGAAGUUUGCCUUUGCAUCUGCGGAAACAAAAUCCACAUACAAUUCUGUAUGUGUCGCGCGCAGCGCUGGUGACUUCAAUCAGGAAAAGCGUCUUAGAAGGAAGCUGCGUCGUCAACUGCAACAAAACCGCGAUAAUGAGUGGACGUCAAGAGCGAUGGAGUUUGAGAAGGCGUGGGAGGACAGGAACCGGCGGAAAGCCUAUGCUCUACUAAAACAGUAUAGCGGCAAAAUGAAAAGAUGUUCCCCUGUCCUCAACACUGCCAAUGGGGUAGCUGUCGGUGAAGCAACCCUUCCAAUUUGGAAGGAAUACUUCAAUACCUUGCUGAACCUGCUAGCACCGUCAGUCCCUGAACUCGAACACGUUCAUAGACCGACAUACGCGGUUAACGAGGACCCACCGACCGUGUCGGAGGUCCUGGUCUGUAUUCAAAAAAUGAAGAAUGGAAAAUCUGGCGGAGACGACGGUAUUAGCGUAGAAAUGCUAAAAUAUCUUCCUCCGUCUGGGAUUCUUGAGAUGACAAAGAUCAUCCGUUCAAUAUGGAUAGACGAAAGGAUACCUGAUUCGUGGAGACACGCUAUCAUAAUUCCCCUCCACAAGAAGUUAUCCGUCACGGACCCCAGGAAUUAUCGAGGAAUCUCUUUGCUGCGUGUUAUGUACAAGGUAUUGGAGCGCAUUAUCCCGGACCGACUCAUUAAACAUCGCGAAAAAACAACGCGCGACGGGCAAGCUGGCUUUCGUCCCGGCCGAUCUACGACUGACCAGGUGUUCAUCAUCAGGAGAGUGAUCGAAAUCUGGCGGCGGUAUUCGAAGCCAAUGCAACUAGCGUUUCUGGACUUUGAAGCCGCGUUCGAUUCUCCUCACCGAGGCCGUCUUCUCAACGCGCUGAGCGCCGCUGGAGUACCAGGAAAGUUCGUUCGCUUGCUUGAUGACAUGAAUCAACGAACAACUGCUGCAGUUCGAACACCAGCCGGAUGUACAAUACCGUUUGAAGUGGUAACUGGAGUAAGACAAGGGGCAGUGGCAGGACCUUUCCUGUUCAGUUUCGCAAUCGACGACAUUUUGCGAAGAACAGUCGACCAGUGUCCUGCCGACAUUGUCUUAACACCAUUUGGGUGCCCCUUGACUGACCUCGAGUACGCCGACGAUGUUGUUAUAUUCGCGAAAAGCAGUACGACAUUUCAACAUGUUGUCAACCUUGUAUCGAAGCUGGCUGCAGCUUACGGACUACUCCUACACCCUGAUAAAUGCAAGUAG